ACCAAGCACAAAACUAUAAGAAAUGACAAAGGCAGGGCGCAGGAGCCAUAAGUAGAAGAGAAAAGGGGAACAACAUGAGAUGUAGAAAAAUUCUCAGAAAGCAGCUGUCUGAAACUCGAUCAGACUCAUCAGACUGAGGUUGUCAGUACUGAAUGUAACUAAGAGAGUAUAGGAGAAUAAAUAAAAUAAAUGAUGAUUAGAGAUGUGCAGUGACGUUUGAGAGGUUAAUUUCAGUAAACUAGUGGGACCACAAUUCAGAAAUAAGUAAGAGGUGAAAAGUACAAGAAGCAAUGCAGAAAAGUGCUAUGGAAAUGGACAGCCAACAGAAGGAAUGCAGAAAUAUGAGCGAUCUAGAGAUAGAAAGGGAACACAGAGGCCACAGUCUAGACUCUUCACUUUACAGAUGUGGAAACUGAGGCCCGAGGAGGUGACCAAUUCCUUUACCUAACCUGGUUAGCAAUGGAACUUAGACAGAAAACCAGUACAGAUGAAAUGGUAAUUCAGGAAGGAUAAGGAUCAAAGGAACACUUUCGGUCUCCAAAGAAGAUUCCCUUUAAUGCCUCUGUUUUCCUUUAGGACCUCCCCUCCUUCUUCUGGUACUAUGGACACAUGGUCUUGAAAUUAUUUUCAACAUAUCUGAUAGAAAACUAUGACUAUGAUACUUCAUUGCUGAAGAAAACACAAUGCUGAUUUAGGUAAGGGAAAGAGAAAUCUGUCUAUCGUACUUUUUUAUUCUUAUAGGUAUUAUACAUUCCUGAAGCCCGGAAGACAGGAAGGGUUACUCAUACUACAUUUGAAAUGCAUCACUAUAAUAAUCCUGAUAAUACUCCACCCUGUCCAACUCCAGAGAUAACAAAUAACUCCACGAUAACUAUCCACCUACAGAAAUGGACACAGUACGGUAAAGCCAUUCAUUAAAAAAAUCACCCCAUUAUGGAUAAUUCACAAUGAGCUGGCAAACAUCACUUGGCUAUGAGCAAAGCUCAUCAAGAAACACCCUAAUAAUGUGUAUAUAAAGGCAAACCAAGCUGUUUGAGUAGGACAUUCACCAUCAGAGCAACACCGCAGAAACAAACGCUCCAGCCUGGACACCAUGUCUGUGCGCUUUUCUUCUACCUCGAGGAGACUUGGCUCUUGCGGGGGCGCUGGCUCUGUGAGGCUCUCUAGUGGAGGAGCAGGCUUUGGGGCCGGAAACACAUGCAGUGUGCCAGGCAUUGGAAGUGGCUUCUCUUGUGCUUUUGGGGGCAGCUCAUCUGCAGGAGGCUAUGGCGGAGGUCUGGGCGGGGGAAGUGCUUCCUGUGCUGCCUUCACAGCGAAUGAGCAUGGCCUCCUCUCUGGCAAUGAGAAAGUGACCAUGCAGAACCUCAACGACCGCUUGGCCUCCUACCUGGAGAAUGUUCGAGCCUUAGAGGAGGCCAACGCCGACUUGGAGCAGAAGAUCAAGGGGUGGUAUGAGAAAUUUGGACCGGGUUCUUGCCGUGGUCUUGAUCAUGAUUACAGCAGAUACUUCCCAAUUAUUGACGAACUUAAGAACCAGAUAAUUUCUGCAACUACCAGUAAUGCCCAUGUUGUCCUGCAAAAUGAUAAUGCAAGACUAACAGCUGAUGACUUCAGACUAAAGUUUGAAAAUGAGCUGGCACUUCACCAGAGCGUUGAGGCGGAUAUCAACGGUUUGCGCAGAGUCCUGGAUGAGCUGACCUUGUGCAGAACGGACCUGGAGAUCCAGCUGGAAACUCUCAGUGAGGAGCUCGCUUACCUCAAGAAGAAUCAUGAGGAGGAAAUGAAAGCUCUGCAGUGCGCGGCUGGAGGCAACGUGAACGUGGAGAUGAACGCGGCCCCUGGGGUAGACCUCACGGUUCUGCUGAACAACAUGCGAGCUGAGUACGAAGCCCUUGCCGAGCAGAACCGCAGGGACGCGGAGGCCUGGUUCAACGAGAAGAGCGCCUCGCUGCAGCAGCAGAUCUCUGACGACGCUGGCGCCACCACCUCAGCCCGGAAUGAGCUUACCGAAAUGAAACGCACUCUUCAAACCCUUGAGAUUGAACUUCAGUCCCUCUUAGCAACGAAACACUCCCUGGAGGGCUCCUUGACAGAGACCGAGAGCAACUACUGUGCGCAGCUGGCACAGAUCCAGGCUCAGAUCGGGGCCCUGGAGGAGCAGCUGCACCAGGUCAGAACCGAGACUGAGGGCCAGAAGCUCGAGUAUGAGCAGCUCCUCGACGUCAAGGUCCACCUGGAAAAAGAAAUUGAGACCUACUGCCUCCUGAUAGAUGGAGAAGAUGGCUCCUGUUCUAAAUCAAAAGGCUAUGGAGGCCCAGGAAAUCAGACAAAAGAUUCAUCUAAAACCACCAUUGUCAAAACAGUUGUUGAAGAAAUAGAUCCUCGUGGCAAAGUUCUCUCAUCCAGAGUUCACACUGUGGAAGAAAAAGCCACCAAAGUCAACAACAAGAAUGAACAGAGGGUGCCUUCCUGAACUCCCGCCUCUGAGAAACAAUGGCCCCCAAAUUAAAAUACCAAAAUGAAACUCAUUUCCUAAAUAAGGGUCCCCUUAUUUUUCUGCUUUUCUUCCAAUGAAUUAAGACAAGUUAUUUUUAGAAUAGUACCAUUUCUUUGGCUUUUUCUCUAUGGUGGUGUUUCAAUAAAAGUUCUUCCUGUUGCAAGUCA